AAGAUGGCGGUGGUCGUUUGGAUUUUUCUGCUAAAUUUUCUUCUGUUGUCUAAAUGUGCAUUUUUAUCACCUUUAUACAUCGAUACAGUUAUAAAUGCGGUGGAUAAAAUGAUAGAGUACUAUAAGAACAAUUAUCAAGACCUGAAUGUGGAUGGAUUGUUUGGUUUGAGAGUUAUAGAGGGUCAUUUAGCAGCAAUAAUUGUGAAAGUUGAAAAUGGUACAAUAAGACAAGUAAAACCUAAUAUGAUAGAGAAAUUAAAAUCUAUGAAGACUGUGUCAACAAAAACCUGUGAAGAUGCUCUAGAUUUUGUUAGAAAGGAUGAUGAAGAAUAUUUUCAAUCUAUGCAGUUUCUUCUGGGUAAUCCUUGGUCUUUGCAUAAGGACUACAAACAUUUACAAUUCCAGUUACUGUGGGACCAACAAGUCUAUAAAAAAAGUUCUGUAUCUUCUUUAAAUGAGAAAGAGUCAGAUAAAUGUAUGAUGGAGAUAAUGGGGUACCAGCCAUCAAAGAAGAAGUGUGGUGUCAGUUACUUCUGUAUAGAACUGAUGACAAGGAAAGGGUUGACAGGAUAUGGUAUAACUCAUCAAAUGUUAUGGACCAUGCUAUCUGAACAGGCUGGAUGUUAUGAGGAACUAUCUCAUUUACUUGUAACAAAUGGUCGAGGACAGACACAUAAUAUACAGUUAGAGUUCUGUACUAACAAUUACCUAGAGAUGAUGCAUAUUGUUCAUGGGACUCUGAAAGGUCAAAUCAUUCCAAGGUUUCAGGAUUUAUUUAUGGAACAGCAAUUUGUUUGUCCAAGCCUUGGAUUUUACCAGUUUUUAUCAGAUGACUUUUUGGAUCAGAUUUUAUCGUGGCAAAAAGAUGUGGGUUGUUAUGGUAUCAUGAAGAAAGUUGAACAAAAACCAGCAGGUUUAAAAAAAUAUUUAGGUUCAACGAGUUAUGAUUAUGAAGAUGGCCCUGUUCAUAAACUGUUAAAAUUUCAAGGAAAACUUACUCAGAAUAUAACAAAAUUUGGUAAAAAUACUGUUAAUGUGCAACCACCUGUGUUGAAUUUAGCAGGAGAUUUAAAUACUAAUAAAAAUCUUGGGAAUGUUCAAAUGACAAACAAUGUGGUCAUACAGAAUGGACCAGAUUUAGUGGCUAAAGGUAGUGAAAAUGUUGUAAAGUCAUUUUCACAACAAAACUUAGAGAAAUCUGGUAUUGAACAGAAAUCAGUAUUACCUGGACAGAGGAGGCUUCUAGCGGAAAAGGAAAUGGAGAAUGGAUGUUUGGCUCAUAAAACUGCAGUAGCAGCAGGUGCUUUAAUGAUCUAUCUACGUUACUUACUAUUACCUGGACCUAAAACAUUGGCAGAAAAUACCAAAGAAAUGCUGCAACAAAGACAUUUACUUAAUAUCAACGAUAGUGGUGUUGAUAAGUUUGAUUAUAAAGGAGCACAAGAUGGCAAUUUAGUAAAAGGACUAGCUAUGAACAACAAUGUGUUAGCUGCUCAAAUAAAUGAUAAUAAUAAAGAUGAUGAUUAUUAUGCUGAUGAGAAUGAUGAAAAUGAAGAUGAAGAUGAAGAAGAUGAUGAAAAGGGAGGCAAUAAAAAUGUACAGUUUGAUGAUCAUCAAAAUGAGGAAAAUGGAUAUGAAGGUGAUUACGAUGAAAAUAAAAAAGAAAAAAAUCUUAAGGUGAAAAACCUUGCAGACAAGGUGGAAAAAAAAGUGGUGCCAAAACCAGACGAUACAGACUAUACUUACUAUGAAGAUAAAAAUAAACAUGAUGAUUAUACAAAUGAUGAGUAUGAUGAAAAAGAUGUCAAUGUUGAAAAGGACAACAAAGAUAGUGCAAGUGAUAAAAUAAAAGUCAAAUUGAUCAAUGAAUCAAAAGCUGAAGGAGAGUAUCCUCUAAGCAGUACACAUUCGCCAAGUGGUGUAUAUCUUAUUAUUUCAUGUACUAUUUUUGUUUUGAUGAUAUUAAUGUAUAGAUUUUUAAAGAAGAGAAGAGUGCAUAUAAGAUACAAUUAUAAAUCCUUUAACAGAGUGUAAAAACUAUUUACAGUUGCUUUUGUUUAUGGCUUUAGUAUUUCUUUUAAUCAUGUGACUGAAGACUAUUAUAUUUAUUUGAGAUUUUAUAUAUAUAUAUAUUAUAAGUAUCCAUUGUUAUGAAAUCCCUUUUUCCAGUGCUGUUGUUGUUUUAAGCUUACUUUUUAUUGAUGUAUGUUCAGCUGUGUAAAUAAUUAGAACUAGCAGCUUGUAGUAUGAUAGUUUGUAAUUUAUAUAUCUGCAUAAAUUCAGGGGUCACCAACAGAGGCGAAGAAAGCAACUUUGUCACCCUAGGAUUCCUGACUUCACUAUAAAGAAGCUCCAGGGAGAAGUUUUAUGUCCCCUUGUUUUUCAGUAAAAUUCCCCAAUAUCGCACGGUGAUUUUUGAAAAAUUCUGAUCCAAAUGCAACAUAUCUUUAGGAAUAUGGUUUAUUGUCGAGCCUGCGACUUUUGUCGCAGAAAGCUCGACAUAGGGAUAGUGAUCUGGCGGCGGCGGCGGCGUUAGCUAACUUCUUAAAAGCUUUAUAUUUUAGAUGGUGGAAGACCUGGAUGCUUCAUACUUUGUAUAUGGAUGCCUCAUGUUACGAAGUUUCCGUCAGUCACAUGUCCAAUGUCCUUGACCUCAUUUUCAUGGUUCAGUGACUACUUGAAAAAAAAGUUAAGAUUUUUUGUAAUGUUAAAUUCUCUCUUAUUAUAAGUAAUAGGAUAACUAUAUUUGGUAUGUGCGUACCUUGUAAGGUCCUCAUGCCCGUUAGACAGUUUUCACUUGACCUCGACCUCAUUUCAUGGAUCAGUGAACAAGGUUAAGUUUUCGUGGUCAAGUCCAUAUCUCAGAUACUAUAAGCAAUAGGUCUAGUAUAUUCGGUGUAUGGAAGGACUGUAAGGUGUACAUGUCCAACUGGCAGGUGUCAUCUGACCUUGACCUCAUUUUCAUGGUUCAGUGGUUAUAGUUAAGUUUUUGUGUUUUGGUCUGUUUUUCUUAUACUGUAUGCAAUAGGUCUACUAUAUUUGGUGUAUGGAAGGAUUGUAAGGUGUACAUGUAUAGCUGGCAGGUGUCAUCUGACCUUGACCUCAUUUUCAUGGUUCAGUGGUUAUAGUUGAGUUUUUGUGUUUUGGUCUGUUUUUCUUAUACUGUAUGCAAUAGGUCUACUAUAUUUGGUGUAUGGAAGGAUUGUAAGGUGUACAUGUAUAGCUGGCAGGUGUCAUCUGACCUUGACCUCAUUUUCAUGGUUCAGUGGUUAUAGUUGAGUUUUUGUGUUUUGGUCUGUUUUUCUUAUACUGUAUGCAAUAGGUCUACAAUAUUUGGUGUAUGGAAGGAUUGUAAGGUGUACAUGUCUAGCGGGCAGGUGUCAUCUGACCUUGACCUCAUUUUCAUGGUUCAGUGGUUAUAGUUGAGUUUUUGUGUUUUGGUCUGUUUUUCUUAUACUGUAUGCAAUAGGUCUACAAUAUUUGGUGUAUGGAAUGAUUGUAAGGUGUACAUGUCUAGCGGGCAGGUGUCAUCUGACCUUGACCUCAUUUUCAUGGUUCAGUGGUCAAAGUUAAGUUUUUGAGUUUUGGUCUUUUUUUCUAAUACUGCAUGUAAUAGGUCUACUAUAUUUGGUGUAUGGAAUGAUUGUAAGGUGUACAUGUCUAGCUGGCAGGUGUCAUCUGACCUUGACCUCAUUUUCAUGGUUCAGUGGUCAGUGUUAAGUUUUUGUGUUUUGGUCUGUUUUUCUUAAACUAUAAGCAAAAGGUCAACCAUAUUUUUGUAUGGAAGAAUUAUUAGCUGUACAUGCCUGCCUAGCAUGGUUCAUCUGACCUUGACCUCAUUUUCAUGGUUCAUUGGUCAAUGUUUAGUUUACUUGGUUAAUGUUAAGUUUAUGUGACAGUUGUAAUAAAGCUUUAUAUUUAGGACUAUCAACAUAAUAUCAAUGAUUAGUAAAGAAGGCGAGACAUUUCAGCGUGUGCACUCUUGUAUUAAAAUUGAGAAUGGAAAUGGGGAAUGUGUCAAAGAGACAACAACCCGACCAAAGAGUAUAAAACAGCCCAAGGCCACCAAUGGGUCUUUACAUGUUAGUUGGUAAAGAAAGUAAAUAAAGACUUACAGAAAUAAAAACAAGGAAAAAGGAUUGAGGAAUGCGUUUAAACAUAUAUAUUGAAAAAACACCACACACAUAGGGAAUUUUUUAUUCUUGCUAUUUCAACCUCCUUUAAAGUAGGUGUUCAAGGCAACCUUUGGACAUACAAUCCAUAUCACUUUCAUAUCUAUUUGAACUAGUUUUACUUACAUUAUUGACUUACAAAUAUAUAUUUCUUACUUCCAAUUAUUGUCCAGCAUCCAGUAUGACCAAUUUUUCCAAUUUAUAUCAGCAAAGGUCUUGAUCCUUUAAAAGAUGUUUAGAUUAUCAAUUAUAUCUGGUGAUGUUGUCUUCCACUGUGAAGCAUAGCUUUUCAUCUCUGGUACCCAUACUGAGUUUGAAUUAGCAUAUUUGUCAGUCACACAGCUGAAGUUUUCUUAAUGCUUCUACCUUUGUGAUUUGUCAAAAUAAGCAAAUGCUAUUGAAAUUUGUUUCUAGAGUUGUUUUUAUUUACAUUGUUAAUAAAAAAUAUAAACGAUAAGCCAUGGUUUAAUUACUUUACACACAUAACAUACAAUGUAUGUUUUAUAUGAAUAUAUCUUUGUAUGUUUAUCUUUCAUUAGUGUUUAGCAAUCUUUUAAUUUUCAAGCCAUAUUUUAGACAUUAUUUUAACUGACGUUUUCUCUUAUAAUUACACACAUACUACUUUUGUCAUUGUAUCCAUUAAAAUUGAGAUCAAAUUCACUGCCAGAAGAGAAAAAGUAGAAAAAUAAAUCUUCAGAAUCCCAUCCUUCUAUGUCGUUUUUACAUGGUCAAAAACAUAAGUAUGCAAUGGGCCUUGAAGUUUAUUAAAACAAUUAUGUAUUGCAUGUUCACAAUUCUUAAAAAUUGUUCACUAAUAUUUUGUUAGAGGUAAAAAAAAUGAAGGAUUUAAUGUAAAAAGCAGUAUAUAGUAGUGUAGUAGACUUGGACUCACAUUUAAGUGUGUUGCUCUCUCUGACGUGUGAUGGUAUGAAGUAUAGUGCUGGGUGCACUGAAGUACAGUUGAAAUAUUUAGUAUUACCGCUAGAACCAUUGUAUUUGCAUGUCAAAUUUUAUAUUUUGUCUCCUUUGUACCUUUAUUCAUUGUUUUAUAGCAUAACAUUUGUUGUUUCAUUUUGAAGUUAACUAUUUAAAGCUAUGCUACAGUUUGUUUGUGCGAACACUUUUAUGAGAUGUAUUACUAUAAACAUGUAAAAAAUUUCAUUACUCUAUUGGUCUGUUUGACAUUUUGUGUGAAAUAGGAAUAGAUGAAUCAAUAUUUUUAGAUUACAUGUUUUGGUUCAAAUUGAUGUCUAUUUCUUAUUUUAAAUGAAGGAGACAUUUUAAUAGAAAUAGUAUGAAAACAUAAAUUUGACAUUUUUAUAAUCAAGUCACAGUAAGACUCUUCAACAAGUCAUUAUAGCUAUGUGUUGUAUUAUAAAUUACUGUAGGUCUUUAUCCUGUAAGGGUAUAUUAGUUGUCAGUGUCUUUAAUUGGAAAAUACUAAAAAAAAUUAAUCCAGCAGACAGGGUUAGUUGAUAUAAAUUGCCUAGAGUAGGCAAAAUAAUUAAAAUAAUAAAUCCAGGGGACAGGGUAAGAUAAGAUCAAAGAGAAAAUAGAUUGAGUCAGGAACCAACACAAAAAUACAAAAGCAAGGCCCUAAUAAAUUAUAACAGAUUUUAGAUUAAUGAAUGUGAUUUUAUAAUUGUUCAGUUGUUGUGCUUUAUAAAACCAGUGGUAAAUAUAAUUUAAGUAUUCUGGUAAAGCAUUAAAAAUAAAUUGUCCUCUCUGAAAAAAUGGAAAAUAAAUUUUUUUUUAAAUUUCAAGUGUAAUAUGAAAGAAAUACAGAAUGUUGGAUACAGACUAGAAGUUAAGCUUUUUAAAGCAGACCCCACUCAAUUUUGUCUUUUAAGAUAAAAACUUCAACAACUUAUUUAAGAACAACUUUCAACAUAGGAAGAUGUGUAUACAUAGCAUAAUUUGAUUGGAUAGCUUUGCAUUUAUAAUAAACUGUGUGGUUUUUAUGUUGCCACUAUCAUUAUCAGUGCUCUGCAUUUUUCGAAUAAUAUUUUGUUUAUGUAAUUGCUUAAAGCAUUAUCUAUUAAUAUUCUUUUUUUCUCAUUUUGAAAAGUUUUUUUAUGUACAAAAAGAUGAUUGCAUGCUUUACUGAAAUAUGAAUGUCAACAUAACAGAUAAGUAAAGAUGUACCAUCUAGCAUCUGCAAAAGUACCAUGGAAUAGGUCAUUAUAAUUCAAAGUGAUCAGUGUCCAUAUUAUUCUACAAAUCCUGUAAAUUAUUCCUGUAGUGAUACCUUUUAAGCAGAUAGGCAGCAAUGCAUGUAAUCGUUUUCAAAUGUUAAUGUUUUAGACAUUGCCAUGACAUGUUAUUUACUCCACUCUAGUCAACAUAAGUAUGUAUUAAAUUAUUGAGCAAAGCAUAUAUUUAUUAUCAGCAAUAAUGAGACAUUUGUAUUAGGACUAUCUAUUGUAUUUUAUAUGAUGCACCUGCCAUUUAGCUGAAGCAUAUGGUGUGGUAAGGGCCUCAUUUGGCCUAAUUUAACACUGAAAUCAUCUUUUUACUUUGUUAAGAUUUCAUUUAUGUCUUUUUUACAGUUAAGAUUAUGCAAAACAAAAACUAAACCAGGUAAUAAGGUAAUAAGUUAUCAAUGUGGUCACUAUAGAUGUAGCAUUGAUGGCAUAGAAAAUAUGCUCCUUAGCAAUUUUGGUGAAAAUGCACAGAUUUUGGUCUAUUUUUCAAAUGAUUUGGAAUCUGAAAAUUUUGAGUGCAUGUUAGAACAAAUGAAAUACUUAGAUACAGAAUUUUCAAUAUGGACAACACCUUUGUUAAAUAUGUACCCAGAUUUAGCACAUUACAUUUUGACCUAACACAUUGUCUUUGUUAGUUCGAUGGUUAUGGUGAAAAUUAUCAUGUCAGAUUUUGUUAAUAGUUUUGUUUGAUAAAUCUGUUAACUUUUCUAAACUUGUUAAUUUACAAUUUUUUUUACAGUGCUGCUGCUGUAUCUGCUAUCAGAUGAGAAAUUAUUCUUGUGAUCAUAUAAACAGACUUGUCACAUAUAUUUCUCAUUUUUUGUUAUUACACCUUUUUUUCCUUUUUGUUAUUACACAUUUUUUUCCCUUUUUGUUAUUACACAUUUUUUCAUUAUUAUGUUUAUUCACUGCUUGUGAAUUAAAAACUGCAGCAUUAUGUGUUAUUAUCACACAGAUUUAUUAAUUGAAAGUUACAAAAGAUUCUUAUCAUAUUCUUACUAUCAUUAUGUUUUCAUCUGUCAGAACUGCAGGCUGCUUUUUGGCAAAAAAAUUCAAAGCCACUAAGGGACAUUUUAAUGCCAUUAUUAUAGCUCAUUUUAGCGCUGAACGAAUUCAAUCACUGGUAUUUUGGAAACCCAUUUUUAGCAAACUUGACCCAGUUGCACUUAUGAAUUAAUAACAAAAUUUAUAUUGGAUUACCUUAAAAAUUCUUUCAAUUUUUAUUUCAAACUGGUUCAAAUUGAAGAAUAUGUUUGAUGAAGAAACCAAGAAAAAAUUGUAUCGUCCCUUAUGUAAAUCUAUACUGUUAUCACAUUAAUAAAAGAAAAAGCAUGCUAGAUGUUCAGUAAAGAUGCUUAUAUUUGAACUGCAAAUGAAUCUGCUGAUAUUUACAGUUUUGAAAAGGAUGGAAACCAAGUAGAUGAAUGAUUUUAUUGAAAAAGAUACUUUUCAAACUCAUUUUAAUAUUGUGCUGUUUAAACUCAUUUUAAUAUUGUGCUGUUUAAACUCAUUUUAAUAUUGUUCUGUUUAAACUCAUUUUAAUAUUGUGCUGUUUUGACAUUAAAAUCUAUCAUUAUA